AUAACGUUGGACAUUAUUUAUUUUAACACGGUGGUGCUUUUAGUGCUUUAUUCUAGCGUUAUUUAUCAGUAUUCUGUGUGAAUGAAUCACAUUUGUAGACGCCAGUCACAGGAAAGUUGCGUCUCCGAUUGAGAAAGAUGGCGUUUAUUAAAGAGGAGAGUGAGGACCUGAGGAUUGAAGAAACAUUAGGGGUCAAACGUGAAGAUCCUGAGCAACUAACAGAUAUGUUGGUGCUGAAAGAGGAGAGUGAUGAACUGAAGGAAAUGAAAGAGAAAGAUCAAUAUGAGAAACACCAGGGUAUCGUGACUGUUGAAAAAUCUUCAAAGCAGAAAAAGACUCUGAAAACCUGUUGUGAUUGUGGAAAGAGUUUCAGUCAAAAACACAACCUGGAAACCCACAGAAGGACUCACACUGGAGAGAAGCCUUUCACCUGUCAACAUUGUGGAAAGAGUUUCGCUCAAAAACAAAACCUUAAGGUCCACAUGAGAGUUCACACUAGAGAGACACCUUUCACCUGUCAAGAUUGUGGAAAGAGUUUCGGACAAAAAACAAACCUGGAAAUCCACAGAAUAAUUCACACUGGAGAGAAGCCUUUCACCUGUCAGCAUUGUGGAAAGAGUUUCAGUCAAAAACAAAGCCUUAAGGUCCACAUGAGGAUCCACACUGGAGAGAAGCCUUUCUCCUGCCAUCAUUGUGGAAAGAGUUUCACUGAUAAACAAAAUCUUAUGGUCCACAUGAGAAUCCACACUGGAGAGAAGCCUUAUGUCUGUACUGUAUGUGGAAAGAAUUUCAGUCAAAAACCAAGCCUUGAUGUCCAUGUGGGAAUUCAUACUGGAGAGAAGCCUUACCAAUGCCAACAGUGUGGAAAGAGUUUUAAUCGUAAACAAAACCUUCAGGUCCAUAUGAGGAUCCAUACUGGAGACAAGCCUUACCAAUGCCAACAGUGUGGAAAGAGUUUUAAUCGUAAACAAAACUUUCAGGUCCACAUGAGAAUCCACACUAGAGAGAAGCCUUUCUCCUGCCAUCAGUGUGGAAAGAGUUUCCGUCAUGAACACAACCUUAAGGUUCACAUGAGAAUCCAUACUGGAGACAAGCCUUACCCAUGCCACUCUUGUGGAAAGAGUUUCACUCAAGAACAAAACCUGGAAAUCCACAGAGGAAUCCACACUGGAGAGAAACCUUUCACCUGUCAACAAUGUGGAAAGAGUUUCAACCUUAAAAAAAAUCUUAAGGUCCACAUGAGAAUCCACACUGGAGAGAAGCCUUUCACCUGUCAACAUUGUGGAAAGAGUUUCAGCCUAAAACAAAACCUUGAGGUCCACAUGAGAAUCCACACUGGAGAGAAGCCUUACAAAUGCCAACAGUGUGGAAAGAGUUUUAGUCGAAAAUCAACCCUUGAUGCCCACAUGAGAAUUCACAGUGGAGCAAAGGCUUUCUCCUGCCAACAGUGUGGAAACAGUUUCCGCCAAAAACAAAAACUUCAGGUCCACAUGAGAAUCCACUCUGGAGAGACGCCUUACCAAUGCCAACAGUGUGGAAAGAGUUUCAUUCAAAAAACACACCUUACAGGACACAUGAGAGUUCACACUAAAGAGAAACCUUACAAAUGCCAACAGUGUGGAAAAUGUUUCAGUUUAAAGCAUAACCUUAAGCUCCACAUGAGAAUCCACACUGGAGAGAAGCCUUACCAGUGCCAACAGUGUGGAAAGAGUUUUAAUCGUAAAGAAAACCUUAAGCUCCACAUGAGAAUCCACACUGGAGAGAAGCCUUACCAAUGCCAACAGUGUGGAAAGAGUUUUAGUCAAAAAGCAACCCUUGAUGCCCACAUGAGAAUUCACAGCGGAGUAAAUGCUUUCACCUGCCAACAGUGUGGAAAGAGUUUCGGUCAAAAACAAAAACUUCAGCUCCACAUGAGAAUCCACUCUGGAGAGAAGCCUUACCAAUGCCAACAGUGCGGAAAGCGUUUCAUUCAAAAAACACACCUUACAGGACACGAGAGGGUUCACACUAAAGAGAAACCUUACAAAUGCCAACAGUGUGGAAAAUGUGUCAGUUUAAAACAUAACCUUAAGCUCCACAUGAGAAUCCACACUGGAGAGAAGCCUUACCAAUGCCAACAGUGUGGAAAGAGUUUCAAUCGUAAAGAAAACCUUGCAGGACACAUGAGAGUUCACAUUAAGGAGAAACCUUACAAAUGCAGCCUUAUACCUGCACACGACGUGGAAAGAGCUUCAGUCAGAAAGCAACCCUUUAUGUCCACGUGGGAAUUCACAGUGGACUAAAUGCUUUCCCCUGCCAACACUGUGGAAAGAGUUCUAAAAACAGAAACUUCAGGUCCACAUGAGAAUCCACUCUGGAGAGAGGUCUUACACAAAUGAAAAGAGAAAACAAAGAGAAAGUUUUAAAUGAACGAUCAUCAUGUUAUAAAUGUAUAACUUUGGUUGUUGAAAUGGCUCAAUGUGUCUGAAAGGUGUGCACUGAUCAGGGUAAAGUCUGGGACUCACCAAGCCAACGGUAAACCAUCAGUGAACAGUUACUCGGCUAGUUUGUUCUGUGUGUUCCACAUUAGUCAGGCUCAUGUUGGUGAAAGUAAACCUGCAUCUGCGCCAGUGUGGCUGUGAGAGAGUGUGCUCUGAUUGGCUGUUCAUCUACAAUUCAGAGCAUGAGGACAAAAACCAAACUGAUUGAAUGAGGCAUUGACGCAAGCAGAGCCAAAAAACCAAACCGAAAAGCAGAAAAAGUGACAAUUUCAGACAAAAUCUGGUUGAAACCUCACCUAGCGAACUUUUGGAGGGAGUUAAGGCUCCUAAAUAACUUUGACUUACCAUUGGUUUAUGUCGAUUACGCUAUUAUUGGGUUUGUUCUGGAGCCAUGGGGGUGGGGGUAGGAUGAUUCUAAGGGCAUACGCAGUUUUGAGGCCCCCAGACUUGCUAUUAGGCAGCCCAACGCUCCUGGUUUUUACUUUCGUCCAUGAGCACACCCUCGAAAACUUGCUGUCCCCUUUACUACACCUUUAUGACGUUUACAACCAACAAAUGAAAAGACAAGAGACGAACAAGUAAUAUUUAAUGUAAAUAAGACACGCUUUCAAAAAUAUAACUUUGUUCUUCUUCUCUCUCAGCUGCCAUGAUUAUUGUGUUGUACAAAGUGACACGUUUACAACCCAGCCCACUGCAGCAUUGGUGUCGGGAGUGUUCAAAUACAGUAUACCGUCACUCAGCCUUUGCGAAACUAUUUUUGCCCUCAAACGAAAAUGAACUUUGCUUGAAGUAUACCGAGGCCUUAACAGUAAUGCAUGUGAUUACAUAGAAAAACAAUGGAGAUAUAAGACACCGUCCCAUCUCGUGGUCCAUUCACUGCACACACUGCUACUUUACAGGUGGAUGAACCUUCCGUGCUUCCAUUUUCAUUCAUUUUAUUGUACAAUUAUUGAUUUUCUGUUGUUGUUGUUUUAGGAGAGGGUUGGGCUUUACCUCUCAUUUUAAUAUUUUAUUAUUCUGUUGAUUUUGUACUUUUAUAUCACAGGAAGCUCUUCAGUUCUGUUGCUGAUUGUGAUAAAACACUUCUGCCUGUUUAAAAUAAACAGA